AUGGAAAAAAAGCUACAUGGUACUGUCGACCAAUACCAAAUCAAAAACUUCGAUUUUAGCAAACUGAGAAAAGGAGACAGUUUGUGCUGUUUCCAGUUAGGAGCUUUCGCAGUAGAUUUUGAUGCACAAGACCUCGCUGAUAAUGGCUGCCUCACCUCGUUGAUUCUGGAGUUAGGGGAAGCAAAUUUGUUCACAAAGCUUAAAAUUGAUUCAUUGAGGUUCAAUCUGAAGAGUGCAGAGAUGGCGACGGCGGCGGCGGGUGGUGGUGCCGGAAAAUCCAACGUCCCAAAAUCCGGCGCGAUCUCGAAAGGAUACAACUUUGCUUCCACCUGGGAACAGUGUGAGCCUGAUAUUGUGGAUUUGAUUAGAGCGCUGUUUUUGAGCUGUUUUGGUGAUAGAUCUGCUGGUCCAUUUGCACUACUUUGUGGAACAUUAAAUGCUCCAUUGACAGAGCAGCAGCAGGCAGCAAUUGUCGCUCUAUCUCAUGCUGUUGCUGAACGACCAUUUCCUCCAAAUUUGGCACCAGAGAAAGUAGCUGGACGUGAAAAUGGUCUGUCUAUUUCAACAAAGCACAGCACCACAGAUGAUUCAGGGACGAUGGAGGCCGCUCUGGUCAACACCAAUCAGUUCUAUAAAUGGUUUGCUGAUCUUGAAGCAGCCAUGAAGUCAGAGACAGAAGAGAAAUACCAGCAUUAUGUACGGACAUUAACUGAGAGGAUACAAACUUGUGACACUAUACUCAAUCAGGUGGAUGAAACCCUCGACUUAUUUAAUGAAUUACAACUACAGCAUCAAGCUGUAGCAACAAAAACGAAAACUCUGCAUGAUGCAUGUGAUCGACUGCUUUUGGAGAAGCAAAGGUUAAUUGAGUUUGCUGAAUCACUCCGUGCUAAGCUCAAUUAUUUUGAUGAACUGGAGAAUGUAAGGAUAUUGAUGAAGUUCCCUCUUUGCCUUGUCAUACAUGUUGCUACCAGCUUUUAUUCUCCAAGUAUGAAUGUAUCACAUGAGAAUUUUCUUCCUCUUCUAAAAAGACUUGAUGACUGCAUAUCGUAUGUCGAGAGUAACCCACAGUAUGCUGAGUGCAAUGUUUACUUGGUCAAGUUUCGGCAGCUUCAGUCCCGUGCUCUAGGAAUGAUUCGUUCUCACGUACUCUCUGUUCUUAAGAAUGCAUCCUCUCAGGUCCAAGCGGCAAUAAGAAGCAGCGCUGGAAACAAAGCAUCUGUCUCCGAGGCUGUUGAGACAUCUAUAAUAUACGUCAGGUUCAAGGCAGCAGCGAACGAGCUUAAGCCAGUAUUGGAGGAAAUUGAAAGUAGAAAGCCAAGAAAGGAAUAUGUUCAGAUUCUUGCUGAAUGCCACAAACUUUACUGUGAACAAAGGCUAUCUUUGGUGAGGGGCAUAGUGCAUCAACGUAUAUCUGAAUUUGCCAAGAAAGAAGCAUUGCCGUCAUUGACUAGAUCUGGGUGUGCAUACUUAAUGCAGAUGUGUCUGCUCGAGCAUCAACUUUUUGACCAUUUCUUUCCUUUAUCUUCAGAGGAUGUUUCAAGUUUGGCCCCUCUGAUAGAUCCACUGUGUACAUACUUAUAUGAUACAUUACGUCCAAGACUUAUCCAUGAAGCAAACCUCGAUGUUCUCUGUGAACUUGUUGAUAUUCUGAAAGUUGAAGUGCUGGCGGAACAAGUAAGUAGAAGAGGAGAGUCACUUGCGGGAUUACGCCCAACACUGGAAAGGACAUUAGCAGAUGUUCAUGAGCGUUUAACUUUUCGUGCUAGAACUCACAUUCGUGAUGAGAUUGCAAAUUACCUUCCUUUGGAUGAAGACCUAGACUACCCUUCUAAACUGGAGCAAUCAGCUGAGACAAAUUCAGAAGCAUCGUCUAGUGCUGAUAAUCCAGAUGUUUCUAGGACUUGGUACCCUCCACUUGAGAAAACUAUAACCUGUUUAUCUAAACUGUAUCGAUGUUUAGAGCCAGCAGUUUUUACUGGUUUGGCGCAGGAAGCAGUUGAAGUUUGCUCUUUGUCCAUUCAGAAAGCUAGCAAACUUGUUGUAAAAAGAUCAUCCACAAUGGACGGACAACUGUUCCUCAUAAAGUUUCUUCUUAUCCUCAGAGAGCAGAUUGCACCAUUUGAUAUUGAAUUCUCAGUUACACACAAGGAGCUUGACUUCUCUCAUUUGCUGGAGCAUUUGAGACGGAUUCUUCGAGGCCAGGCAUCACUAUUUGAUUGGUCAAGGUCUACAUCCUUGGCAAGAACACUCUCUCCACGAAUUUUGGAAAGUCAAAUAGAUGCGAAAAAGGAAUUGGAGAAAAGCCUUAAAGCCACAUGCGAAGAGUUCAUCAUGUCAGUGACUAAGCUGGUCGUAGAUCCUAUGUUGUCUUUUGUCACCAAGGUCACUGCUGUCAAAGUUGCUUUAUCCUCUGGCAGUCAAAAUCAAAAGGAGUCUGCCAUGAGUAAGCCACUCAAGGAUCAAGCUUUUGCUACUCCUGAAAAGGUUGCUGAGAUUGUCCAAAAGGUGGGUUCGGCUAUUCAAGAAGAGCUGCCUAGGGUAAUGGGUAAAAUGAAGCUUUAUCUCCAGAAUCCGGCCACACGCGCCAUACUUUUCAAACCAAUAAAGACAAACAUAGUCGAAGCCCAUAUUCAGGUGCAGACCUUGCUUAAAACGGAAUAUUCUCCCGAAGACAUACAAAGCAUUGUCAAUAUGGUCCCGAUACAAGAUUUGCAGGCGCAACUCGAUAACCUCAUGUGAUCCACUUCUGAUGCAUUGCUUUUGCUUUUAUUAUGGACAAAAAAUAUGGCUAUUUUCUGAGUAAAAUUUCAUAAUAUACCUAUAAUUUUGUAGAUUCAAAUUAGAAUCUUGUGAAUUACUUCUUUAUGUACUAAGGACUGCGAGCUGGUGCAACUGAAGGUAAACAAUUUUCCACCCAUAUAUACAGAUGUUCUUAGGGAUAUGCUGACAAAUACCCUUGAGGUUUGAUCUAACUACCAGAAGAAAGACAAAAGGAAGAAAUGGGCUAACUUUCAAAAUAAAAGUUACCUCUGGUUUUUAAUGUAGUGUUCAUGUAGGGGGUUAAAUAUAGUGCUACUAUAAAUGUUAAAGAAGUUUUUAGAAUUUAUUUUUGCUUGUUUGAAGAUGGUUAAGUGAGAUGAUGAUUAAAUGUAUUAAUUUGAUAAUU